GAAAUUUUCUGACCUGUCUGUCUAACCAGUUAAUUUGAAAUGACUGUUUCUGGUGUUAGUGGAAGUUCAUUAGCUGCUGCCCCUUCGACUACUGGGGUAAGAAAAUCUGCAAAAUCAAAAAAAGCACCAUCAGUCCACCCUCCUUAUGGAGAUAUGAUAAAGAAAGCCCUUAAAGAGCUGAAAGAACGUGGUGGAUCAAGUCGUCAAGCUAUUGCUAAAUAUAUCAAAACUAAUUACAAAGUCGAUGAUCGUGCAGAAAGUCAUCUACGUCGUGCUUUAGUUACUGGUGUUAAAUCGGGCAAACUUGUUCACACUAAAGGAAUUGGUGCAUCUGGAUCAUUUAAACUUGCAGAUAAAACUGUGACACCGAAAAAAGUUGCACGUCCUAAAACUUCAAAACCGAAAACUACUCCAAAGAAAGCAUCUACCAAGAAGCCAAAAGUUGUCAAACCCAAAUCAACUACCAGUCCAGCAAGUAAACCAGCUGCUUCUAAACCGAAAGCCACCAAACCCAAAUCCGCCGCCAAGCCAAAGAAAGCAAAAUCGCCACAUAAACCAAAAACUGUGAAGCCCAAGAAACCAGUGGCAAAGAAGACCCCGAAAAAAGUUGCAAAGAAAUGAAUGUGAAUUAUUUUUAUAGUUGAUUCUUAUCAUUGUUACGCAUUAGCUUGUACAUAUGUUCCAUACUUGUUUCACAUCUUGUAUUUCCUUAACUACUACUAUAUGCCACUUCUGAUUGUUCAGAUUGUAUUUUAUUUAUUCUUCAUUAUCUUCAUUAAUAAACGUGUAUCGCCAUCCGUUUA